CGGAAGCCUCGUCUGAGGGGGCGGGGGACGGAGGAGGGAGCGGGAGUCGGGCGAGAGCCUGUGGAGGAGUCCGCCUGCUGUAGCGUGCGUAAGCGGGGCAGCUACGCCGGGCGGCUACGCUGCGGAAUCGGCGUAGGCGCCUUUGGAGAAUCGGCGGGCUGCGCUCCGCUGGGGCUGGUCGCGGAGGGGGGGAGGGGAUGUCGGUCAGUGCGAGAUCCGCUGCUGCUGAGGAGAGGAGCGUCAACAGCAGCACCAUGGCAACAGAAGAACCUUGAAGGCUAUGUGGGAUUUGCCAAUCUCCCAAAUCAAGUAUACAGAAAAUCGGUGAAGAGAGGUUUUGAAUUCACGCUUAUGGUAGUGGGUGAAUCUGGAUUGGGAAAGUCGACAUUAAUCAACUCAUUAUUCCUCACAGAUUUGUAUUCUCCAGAGUAUCCAGGUCCUUCUCAUAGAAUUAAAAAGACUGUACAGGUGGAACAAUCCAAAGUUUUAAUCAAAGAAGGUGGUGUUCAGUUGCUGCUCACAAUAGUUGAUACCCCAGGAUUUGGAGAUGCAGUGGAUAAUAGUAAUUGCUGGCAGCCUGUUAUCGACUACAUUGAUAGUAAAUUUGAGGACUACCUAAAUGCAGAAUCACGAGUGAACAGACGUCAGAUGCCUGAUAACAGGGUGCAGUGUUGUUUAUACUUCAUUGCUCCUUCAGGACAUGGACUUAAACCAUUGGAUAUUGAGUUUAUGAAGCGUUUGCAUGAAAAAGUGAAUAUCAUCCCACUUAUUGCCAAAGCAGACACACUCACACCAGAGGAAUGCCAACAGUUUAAAAAACAGAUAAUGAAAGAAAUCCAAGAACAUAAAAUUAAAAUAUACGAAUUUCCAGAAACAGAUGAUGAAGAAGAAAAUAAACUUGUUAAAAAGAUAAAGGACCGUUUACCUCUUGCUGUGGUAGGUAGUAAUACUAUCAUUGAAGUUAAUGGCAAAAGGGUCAGAGGAAGGCAGUAUCCUUGGGGUGUUGCUGAAGUUGAAAAUGGUGAACAUUGUGAUUUUACAAUCCUAAGAAAUAUGUUGAUAAGAACACACAUGCAGGACUUGAAAGAUGUUACUAAUAAUGUCCACUAUGAGAACUACAGAAGCAGAAAACUUGCAGCUGUGACUUAUAAUGGAGUUGAUAACAACAAGAAUAAAGGGCAGCUGACUAAGAGCCCUCUGGCACAAAUGGAAGAAGAAAGAAGGGAGCAUGUAGCUAAAAUGAAGAAGAUGGAGAUGGAGAUGGAGCAGGUGUUUGAGAUGAAGGUCAAAGAAAAAGUUCAAAAACUGAAGGACUCUGAAGCUGAGCUCCAGCGGCGCCAUGAGCAAAUGAAAAAGAAUUUGGAAGCACAGCACAAAGAAUUGGAGGAAAAACGUCGUCAGUUUGAGGAUGAGAAAGCAAACUGGGAAGCUCAACAACGUAUUUUAGAACAACAGAACUCUUCAAGAACCUUGGAAAAGAACAAGAAGAAAGGGAAGAUCUUUUAAACUCUCUAUUGACCACCAGUUAACGUAUUAGUUGCCAAUAUGCCAGCUUGGACAUCAGUGUUUGUUGGAUCCGUUUGACCAAUUUGCACCAGUUUUAUCCAUAAUGAUGGAUUUAACAGCAUGACAAAAAUUAUUUUUUUUUUGUUCUUGAUGGAGAUUGAGAUGCCUUGAAUUGUCUAGGGUGUUCUGUACUUAGAAAGUAAGAGCUCUAAGUACCUUUCCUACAUUUUCUUUUUUUAUUAAACAGACAUCUUCAGUUUAAUGCAAGAGAACAUUUUACUGUUGUACAAUCAUGUUCUGGUGGUUUGAUUGUUUACAGGAUAUUCCAAAAUAAAAGGACUCUGGAAGAUUUUCAUUGAGGAUAAAUUGCCAUAAUAUGAUGCAAACUAUGCUUCUCUAUGAUAAUUAUAAUACAAAGGUUCCAUUCAAUGCAGCAUAUACAAUAAUGUAAUUUAGUCUAACACAGUUGACCCUAUUUUUUGACACUUCCAUUGUUUAAAAAUACACAUGGAAAAAAAAAAACCCUAUAUGCUUACAGUGCACCUAGAGCUUUUUUAUAACAACGUCUUUUUGUUUGUUUGUUUUGGAUUCUUUAAAUAUAUAUUAUUCUCAUUUAGUGCCCUCUUUAGCCAGAAUCUCAUUACUGCUUCAUUUUUGUAAUAACAUUUAAUUUAGAUAUUUUCCAUAUAUUGGCACUGCUAAAAUAGAAUAUAGCAUCUUUCAUAUGGUAGGAACCAACAAGGAAACUUUCCUUUAACUCCCUUUUUACACUUUAUGGUAAGUAGCAGGGGGGAAAAUGCAUUUAUAGAUCAUUUCUAGGCAAAAUUGUGAAGCUAAUGACCAACCUGUUUCUACCUAUAUGCAGUCUGUUUAUUUUACUAGAAAUGGGAAUCAUGGCCUCUUGAAGAGAAAAAAGUCACCAUUCUGCAUUUAGCUGUAUUCAUAUAUUGCAUUUCUGUAUUUUUUGUUUGUAUUGUAAAAAAUUCACAUAAUAAACGAUGUUGUGAUGUAA